AUGUCCGACACCUGCAUUGUCUGUUUAGGAGACCUUGGCGAAAGCGCCAGUGAUCCCCUCGCCGUCGAGCCAGUGCCAAGACUCCAUCUCCACGAUGGUGCCGACCCAACGGCUAAGGCGCCUACGCUCGGUGACGAGGAGGGUUCUGGUGAAAUAGCCCAGUUGUUGCCUUGUGGGCAUAUCCUGCACAAUGUAUGCCUGAAGCCAUGGGUGGAACGAGCAAACAGUUGUCCAAUAUGUCGCCGGAGUUUCAAUAUGGUCGAGCUGAGUGACCGGCCGGGAGGCCCUGUUACUUCAUCAUAUGCUGUCCAAGACCGAGUUCAGGUCGCCGAGAUCGACCCGUCGAUGGUCAUCGACUACGUGGAGGAUGACUUCCUUGACUACCAACCUUGCACAAUAUGUGGUGAGAGUGAUAACGAAGACGUUCUCCUUCUCUGCGAUGGCUGUGAUGCGCCUUCCCACGUAUACUGCGUAGGCUUGGAUGAAGUCCCAUCAGGAUCAUGGUAUUGCGAGCGUUGUGAGGUUCAACGUGCUCUAGAACCUACUACAGAGGCACCGGCUCGGCCGUCCCGUACAAAUGAACGGCGGACCCGUCGCACUCGAGGCCAACAACGCCAGGCCCAAAGCAGGAAUCAGAUUAAUUCUCUGCACUGGGCCCGCGUCUGGCAAUCCGUAUGGGACCAUCUGAACAUCGAUCUGGACUUCCCCUUCGAUGAUGAUCGAUCGGCGCAACGGGUCUUGCAGCAGCGUCGUCGGGAGGAGGCUAACCAGCGUGAAUUCCGUGCCUGGCAGCGUCGGUUCGAGGUUGCCGAGCGGCAGGGCGGCGGUAGUCGUUUUCGCGACAGUGCCUCUCUAUUUGAUAUAGAACCCGCUCGGCCAUCACGGCCUCGUGUGCCCAGGAACCCGACGCCUGAGCCCGAGUCUCUUGAAGAGAUGCGGGCUUGGAACGCGUUUGAAAGGGCUCGCGAGAUCGAGAACAAUCCAAGUGCUGCUCGUAAACGCAAGGAACCGACGCUAUCGCCAUCGCCGGAACCCACAGAGCCACAGCGCAAACUCAAGCGGCCGCGAACACGGCGACCUCAAGAGCUCGCCGCGAUGGCUCAACAAAAUGGGGAGUCCUCUAGAGCGGCGAGUGCCAGUGCUAGCGGCAGCGGCACCAACUCGAACGUCUCUAACGUCAACCCGAACGCCAACGCUGGUGUGAACCUGAGUACGAACGCAAAUGCUCGGGUCAACGGAGACGCUUCCGGUGAACCGAGCUUUUUGUCCUCUCUCUUAAAGGAGGUGGAAGAUGCGUCCACCACCGAGCGCACAACACCACUUUUGCUCUCAGCUCCCACAUCUAUUGCUCCUACCGACCAUGUCUCUCCGGGGCCUUCCUCUCCAUCGAUCUCCCCUGUAUCGUCCAACCACUCCUCUCCUCGUCUAUCCUCUACGACACCCCCUCCGUAUUCUCGCAGUCGGCCUAUAUCUCCCUUUCAACUCUCCUCUCCCGUCGAACCUUCAUCACCUCCAUUUUCCCCCGAAGUGUCGUUCUCGGGGAGUCCGAUCUCUCCAAGUGCAAACAGGGAGAAGCCAACAGCUCAGCGGGAGACUAAUCGCCCACGAUCUCGCAUCCCGCGGCGAGUCGUUGAAUCGUCGCAUCCUCCGUCUGCAGACACAUCGCCCACUCGUGCCGGCCCCUCUCUGGCCGUCAAAGUCGACAUUCGGGGCAUGGUCAGCAUGGCCUUGAAGCCACACUACCGCUCCAAGACCAUCUCUCGGGAAGAGUAUACCGAGACUAACCGCACCAUCUCUCGCGUGCUGUACGAUCGCGUUGGAACCGUCGAAACGCUCAGUGCAGAGGCCCGCGCGGACUUGGAGAAUACAGCCAACUUCGAGGUUCAAAAGACCGUGGGCGCGAUACACAAGAAUAAUCAAGUAGACCGACAGAAGCAGAAGCAGAAGCAGAAACAGCCCAUGGCGGCAGCAGACUCGGAUGGCGAUAUACACUGA